AGGUUUAAUCGAGAGACUAAGUUCUCUAUAGAAACACCCACAUUUGUAUGGAUGAUUGGGGAAAGAUAGUGGUACCAACAAGGGAGAGCCGUCUGACCCUCCAAGAAAAUGAGUAUGCUAAAACCAAGCGGGCUGAAGGCCCCUACCAAGAUCUUUAAGCCUGGAAGCACAGCCUUGAAGACACCUGCCGCUGCUGCAGCUCCAGUGGAGAAGACAGCACCCAGUGAAAAAGCCGCAGGCCCUCCAUCCUCUGAGGCCCAAGAUGAAUUUGUGGAUGACUUUCGAGUUGGAGAACGUGUUUGGGUGAAUGGCAAUAAGCCUGGAUUUAUCCAGUUUCUUGGGGAAACUCAAUUUGCACCAGGCCAGUGGGCUGGGAUUGUUUUGGAUGAACCCAUAGGAAAGAAUGAUGGUUCGGUGGCAGGAGUUCGGUAUUUCCAGUGUGAACCUUUAAAGGGUAUAUUUACCCGGCCUUCAAAGUUAACAAGGAAGGUGCAAGCAGAAGAUGAAGCCAAUGGCCUGCAGACAGCUCCUGUCAGAACUGCUUCACCUCUGUCCACUGCUGCAGCCACUCCCUCAAAUAUUCCCCAUAAAUCAUCCCAGUCAACAGCAAAAGAAACUUCAACUCCAUCACAAAUCAGCAACCUUACGAAAACUGCCAGUGAGUCAAUCUCCAACCUUUCAGAGGCUGGCUCCGUCAAGAAAGGAGAGCGGGAACUCAAGAUCGGAGACAGGGUGUUGGUUGGUGGCACUAAGGCUGGUGUAGUCCGGUUUCUUGGAGAGACUGACUUUGCCAAGGGGGAGUGGUGUGGUGUGGAAUUAGAUGAACCCUUGGGGAAGAAUGAUGGUGCUGUUGCUGGAACAAGGUAUUUUCAGUGUCAGCCCAAGUAUGGAUUGUUUGCUCCUGUCCACAAAGUGACAAAGAUUGGCUUCCCUUCUACUACACCAGCCAAAGCCAAAGCAGCCGCUGUGAGGCGAGUGAUGGCCACCACGCCCGCCAACCUGAAGCGCAGCCCCUCCGCCUCCUCUCUCAGCUCCAUGAGCUCUGUGGCCUCUUCUGUGAGCAGCAAACCCAGCCGAACAGGACUAUUGACUGAAACCUCCUCCCGCUACGCCCGCAAGAUCUCGGGCACCACUGCCCUCCAGGAGGCGUUGAAGGAGAAGCAGCAGCACAUUGAACAGCUGCUGGCUGAGCGGGACCUGGAGCGGGCCGAGGUGGCCAAGGCUACCAGCCACGUGGGGGAGAUAGAGCAGGAGCUAGCCCUGGCCCGAGAUGGGCAUGACCAGCAUGUCCUGGAACUGGAAGCCAAGAUGGACCAGCUGCGAACAAUGGUAGAAGCUGCUGAUAGGGAGAAAGUGGAGCUCCUCAACCAACUAGAAGAGGAGAGAAGGAAGGUUGAGGACCUUCAGUUCCGAGUAGAAGAAGAAUCCAUUACCAAAGGCGAUCUUGAGCAAAAGAGCCAGAUUUCUGAAGAUGCUGAGAAUACGCAGACCAAACUGGAGCAUGCCCGCAUUAAGGAGCUUGAACAGAGCCUGCUCUUUGAAAAGACCAAAGCUGACAAACUCCAGAGGGAGUUAGAAGACACUAGGGUGGCUACAGUGUCAGAAAAGUCCCGAAUAAUGGAACUAGAAAAAGACCUAGCCUUGAGAGUACAGGAAGUAGCUGAGCUCCGAAGAAGGCUAGAGUCCAGUAAGCCUCCCGGGGAUGUGGAUAUGUCUCUUUCUCUUUUGCAAGAAAUAAGUGCUUUGCAAGAAAAGCUAGAAGCCACACGUACUGACCACCAGAAUGAGAUGACUGCUCUGGCAGACCGCUUUGGAGCUCGGGAAGAGACAUUUCAGAAGGAGAUCAAGGCUCUGCACACUGCCACUGAAAAGCUUUCCAAAGAGAACGAGUCCUUGAGAAACAAACUUGACCACGCCAACAAGGAAAAUUCCGACGUGAUAGCUCUGUGGAAGUCUAAGCUGGAGACUGCCAUCGGAUCCCACCAGCAGGCAAUGGAGGAGCUGAAGGUGUCUUUCAGCAAAGGAAUUGGAACGGACUCAGCUGAAUUUGCUGAGUUAAAGACACAAAUAGAGAGACUGAGACUAGAUUAUCAGCACGAAAUAGAAACUUUACAGAGUAAACAGGACUCUGAACGAUCUGCUCACGCGAAAGAGAUGGAGACCCUGAAGACCAAGCUGAUGCAAGUCAUUAAAGAGAAGGAGGACAGCCUAGAGGCCGUCAAAGCGAGGCUGGACAGUGCAGAAGACCAGCAUCUAGUGGAGAUGGAAGACGCCUUAAACAAGCUGCAGGAGGCUGAAAUAAAGGUAAAGGAGCUAGAGGUUCUGCAAGCCAAGUACAAUGAACAAACCACGGUCAUUGGUAAUUUUACAUCCCAGCUCCAGGUUGUCGAAGAAAAGCUCUUGGAUCUUGAUGCACUUCGGAAAGCCAAUUCCGAAGGUAAAUUGGAAAUCGAGACACUUAGACAGCAGCUUGAGGGAGCUGAAAAGCAGAUUAAAAAUUUAGAGAUGGAAAGGAACGCUGAAAGUAGCAAGGCUAAUAGCAUUACCACAGAACUCCAGGAAAAACAACUAAUGCUCAGUAACCUACGGGACACUUUGAGUGAAGUCAGUCAAAUGAAGGAGACUUUGGAAAAAGAACUCCAGACUUUGAAAGAAAAGUUUGCUGGUACUUCAGAGGAGGCUCUCUCUGCUCAGAGAAGUAUGCAAGAUACUGUAAAUAAGCUGCAGCAAAAGGAGGAAGAGUUUAACAUGUUGUCUUCUGAACUGGAGAAGUUGAGAGAAAAUUUAGCAGAUAUGGAAGCAAAGUUUAGAGAGAAGGAUGAAAGAGAAGAGCAGCUGGUAAAGGCAAAAGAAAAAUUAGAAAAUGACAUUGCAGAAAUGAUGAAGAUGUCAGGAGAUAACUCUUCUCAGCUUACAAAGAUGAACGAUGAACUGCGUCUGAAGGAAAGAUCUGUGGAAGAACUGCAGCUAAAACUUACAAAGGCUAAUGAAAACGCAAGUGUCCUGCAGAAAAGUAUUGGGGAAGUAACUCUUAAAGCCGAACAGAGCCAACAGGAAGCAGCUAAAAAGCAUGAAGAAGAAAAGAAAGUAUUGGAGGACAAACUGUUGGAACUGGAAAAGAAGAUGGAAACAAGCCACAACCAGUGUCAGGACCUGAGAGCCAAGUAUGAAAAAGCCAGCUCAGAGACAAAAGCAAAGCACGAAGAAAUCCUGCAGAACCUACAGAAGAUGCUGGUGGACACAGAGGAGAAGCUGAAGGCCGCUCAAGAGGCAAACAGAGGCCUGAUGCAGGAUGUGGAGGAGCUGAAAGCACAGGCCGACAAGGCCAAAGCUUCUCAGACUGCAGAAGAUGCCAUGCAGAUCAUGGAACAGAUGACCAAAGAGAAGACAGAAACGCUGGCCUCCUUGGAGGACACCAAGCAAACAAACGCAAAACUACAGAAUGAAUUGGACACACUUAAAGAAAACAACUUGAAAAAUGUAGAAGAGCUGAACAAAUCAAAAGAACUUCUGAAUGUAGAGAAUCAGAAAAUGGAAGAAUUCAAAAAAGAAAUAGAAACCCUAAAGCAGGCAGCAGCUCAGAAGUCCCAGCAGCUUUCAGCACUGCAGAAAGAGAACGUCAAACUUGCCGAGGAGCUGGGGAGAACGCGGGACGAAGUCACAAGUCACCAAAAGCUGGAAGAAGAAAGAUCUGUACUCAAUAAUCAGUUGUUAGAAAUGAAAAAGAGCCUGCCUAGUAACACUUCAAGAGAAUCUGAGUACAUAAAGGACGCUGAUGAAGAGAAAGCGUCCCUGCAGAGGUCCAUCAGUCUCACCAGUGCCUUACUCACAGAGAAGGAUGCCGAGCUGGAGAAACUGCGGAGUGAGGUCACAGUGCUCCGUGGAGAGAACGCCUCUGCCAAGUCCCUACACUCAGUUGUGCAGACACUGGAAUCUGACAAGGUGAAGCUUGAGCUCAAGGUCAAGAACUUGGAACUUCAGCUCAAGGAGAACAAGAGGCAGCUCAGCAGCUCCUCAGGCAAUAUCGAUACCCAGGCAGAAGAGGAUGAGAGAGCCCAGGAGAGUCAGCAAAUGAUUGAUUUCCUCAAUUCGGUAAUAGUGGACCUUCAAAGAAAGAAUCAAGACCUCAAGAUGAAGGUGGAGAUGAUGUCUGAAGCUGCGCUGAACGGCAACGGGGAUGACCUGAACAGCUAUGACAGUGAUGAUCAGGAGAAACAAUCCAAGAAGAAACCCCGCCUGUUCUGUGACAUUUGUGACUGCUUUGAUCUCCACGACACAGAGGACUGCCCCACCCAGACACAGGUGUCGGAAGACCCUCCGCAUUCCACGCACCAUGGCAGCCGGAGUGAGGAGCGGCCUUACUGUGAGAUCUGUGAGAUGUUUGGGCACUGGGCAACCAACUGCAACGACGAUGAGACCUUCUGAGGCCGCGGGCUCCGCAGCCAGCAGCUUUCCACCAGCAUUGCACGCGCAGCUUGAGGAGAACUCAUUAUUUUUUGACCCCUGUCAACAAAUCUAAGAAAAUAUUUUGAUCUUCAACACAUUACCCUUUCAUUUUUCCUCAUAAGUUAAAAUAAUAAAUAUUUGGUAGGUGGGCUUUUACUUCCAUCCUCUUUUUUGGAAUUUGAAGAUUUCUGACAUUGUACCAGGUGCCAUUACUCUUUUGUUCCUAGAGAAACAUCGUGGGACAAGCUGGACCCUGACAAUAUCUUAUUUAAAAAACUUUAAAUUAUGCCGUUCUCAUAUUUGCACUAAAGUAUUUCCUGGCUACUUCUGUAUAUUUAGGUUUUGUUGAUGUUGUUGUUGUGCUUUGACACUGGAAUGAGCUGCAGACAAAGUGUGCCACUUUGCAUUUUCAUAUACUCAUUUAAAUAAUUUUAAUAUCCAAGCUCUGCACUACCUGCUCUCAGUAGUGCCUUUCUCCAGGCUUGACAAUACAUAGGGCGUGAUUAUAAAUCAUGAAACAGGUAAAAGGGGGGGAAAGCCCCAAACAGCUGUGGCGACGUUUAUAAUCGAUAUGCUGCACCCACAGACCCAACAGUGGGUUUUCUUUAUUGGUUUUACAUAAUUUCAACCUCUAUAUAUUAUAUGUAUAUAUAUAUUUUUAAAGAUCUAUAUUUUGGGAAAAAAGUAUAUGCAAUGUGUCUUCUUUUCAGAUUUUUUUUACCUUUAUGAGAAAGAACACAGCUAAAUGGCUCGUCAGCAAGCCUGAACAGGCCAGAAACAGCAGAGUGGCUUCAUCACUGUCCUCCUCUCCUGUUGUUUCUGAACCGCAGCUGAGUAGCUGGAAGAACUGCUCCAGCUGUUUGGUUUUGUUCCCCUUCUUCAGCAGAUAAUCCCAGUAGCACACUAAGGCACCCUACAACAGCUAAACUAACUGAUCUAUAGCCCUCCUUUAUAUGUCUGUGGGUUUUUUACUGUAUUUUUUAAUGAAUGUACGAUGAGAAAUUCAACAUUAAUAAUUUUGAAUUUUCUUAUCACAAAAAGAUAAAACGAAGGACCUCAACAUACAAAAGAGUUUUAUCAGUCAGCCUGAGUCUGUCUUCACUUGAAUGUUUUUGAGAAUAUGUAAAAAGGAAUUAAAUGUACCGUCAUGCCGCAUGCAUGAUAAGAACUUCCGUCAUUGUAUAUAAGCCUUUGCCGUAUUCCCCCAUCCACUGUGCUUGACAAGUGAACAUUAAACAAAUCUGUUACCAGUUAACAUUUUUGGUUAAUAAAACUAUAGGAAUUAUUUCACAAAGAAAAUAUGUAAAGCAGUAUUAAAAUCUGAGUUAUGUAUCUAAUAAAUGGGUUUGUCUGUUUUCCUGCCAGUGGCAGUAAA